GCAAAUGCUUUCAGCCAUCAAGAAGAUUCUAACGGGAUCUUUAAAAUAUGCCAAGAACAAAGAAAGAAAAAUCAAAACUCAAAGGAGCUUCCUCGUCUUUUGUUCCUAUUCUCACAAAGUUCCUGAAAACAUAUGAAAAACACUGUCUCCAGUCUCAGACUUCUGUGUGCCCCACCAUCAAGAAGGCCUUGAAAACCAGCAUAGAGAACAAACAAAUCCUCAGGAAGUUGAUGCUCGUAAGCCCUGCUGUCUCCCCAAAAAACUUCCCAGAAGUUUCUCUUGAACCUUUGCUCAAGACGAUUCGAGAUGAACGAUACAUGCUGGGAAGAGAACUUUGCAUCUGGGGGAUGAAGCUAAAAAAUUCAGAUGUUGCAAGCCUAGCCAUACUUCUAGAGCUGCGAGGACGCACUAUGUACCCAUUUUCUACCCUAGAAAUCAUUAACAGCCAAAUGGACCUGUGGUCGAUAGAGAGGCUGGGCAAGUGUCUUCUUUCAAGCAAUUUGCUCUCAAUUAUAUUGGAUUACAACAAGUUUGGAAAUGAGGAAGUUGAUAUUCUUAUGGCUGGCCUGGAAAAAAACCAAAAGCUUAUGAUUCUUAGCCUCCGUUAUUGUAAUCUGGGACCAACCAGCGGCUCAAAACUGGGCCAGGCAGUUAGUCAAAGUGCCAUUUGUGAACUUUAUCUUAGUGGAAAUUACUUACAAUGUUCUGGGGCCUUGGCUCUCAUCGAACCUAUAGCAGAAUUUGCAGAAAACCAGGGAAAAGAUAAAGCAACAAAGCUUUUACAAGACAGAAGGAGUCCAUCUCAACAAAUGCUUCAAGGUAAAUUGGAAGUGGAGGAACACCUGGUCACUCGGGCACAAACAUUCCAACAUGGAAAUGAUUGCCUUCAAAAGACCCUCAUUUUCCUUACAGGAUUCAAGAAAAACAAAAAAGCAUCUUCUGAAAUUGGUCCUUGGUUAAUCAAGCUGCAUUUGGAUGAUAAUGGCAUAGAUGGAAGAGGGAAAGAAGGAGAAGGGGGCGUACUGGAAUUCACUCAACUUGUAACUUAUCUUAUAAAAUAUUCUGGCCACUUAAGAGAAAUAGAUCUUGGCAAUAAUGUUCUGGGAGAAAUUGCUGCUACUAAUAUACUGGAAGCACUAAAGGAACGAAAGAAAGCCAAACUGCCAAACUUACAUAUUAUAGUCACCCCACAGAUCUCUUCAGAUACUUUCAGGUCCAUCUGGAAAAACAACAGAAACUCUGGCUCUGUCCAAAAGAAAAAGAAGGUAAGCAAUUAA